AAUGAAUUAUAGAAUUGAAAAGGCUGACUUAUAUAUUAGAUAACAUAGAAUAAUUGAAUUAUUUGAGGAUUUGACUACAGCCAUCUCAUAUGAAUAACCAACAGACAUAAAAAAGUUUUUGAUUGAAUAAUUGCAGUUAAAAUAGAAAUUCGGUUUCAAAACAGGUUUAUUCAAACCAGAAGAAAUUGAUAACAUUUUCACAGUAAAUUGAUUUAAGCAUUAUUAUUAUUAGUUAUUUGAUUUAAAAUAAGAUGGAUGGAUUUCUAAAAAGUAAGCGAUUGAUGCAUUCAAAGUUAUGGCAGCUUCCCAAUAUCAACUUAAAGAUGAAUCUAUAUUUCCAGAAAAAGUAACAAAAAAGUAAUUUGCAGAAAUUAUAGGAGAACAUCUAGGUAUAAAAUGAUCUAUAUAAUAUAAAUAUAUAUAUUAAAAUCAUCUAUUAAUUAAUUAUUUCAACAAAGUUAAAUAGAAAUGAAAAAUAAAAAUAAUUUAAGGCCAGUCUAGGAAUAAAAUAUUUAUUUAAUAAAGUCAAUAUAGGAUCAAAAAUUAAUAGGUUUCUCUAGAAAUGAUUAUAGAUUGGAAUUUAAUAAAAUAGAUCUUAAUUGUGAGAAAUAAUUUAAUUGGAUUAUAUAAAGUGAUGAUUAAAAUGAAUAACAUUAUGAAUUUAGAUUUGGUGAAUAUGUCUUAAUUCAAAAUCUAGAAAGGAAUAUACCUAUCAAUUAAGAUAAAGUACCUUUAUUAUUGUAAUUUUUCAAUGAGACUAUUGACUCUUAAGUAUUCAACAAAUGUUCAAAUAAUUUAAUAGGGAAUUAACCAUGUAUAUUAAAAAAUAGUUAUAACAAUCUUUAUUUGAACAUUAUCAAUAGUGAAUUAACAUAUAAACAAUAACCAUUUUAUUUUUAAAUAAUACCUAAAUAGAAUUAAAGAAAUUUGGCUAUCCAAAGACCUCUUUGCAAUUAAAUAUGUGAUUAUUAAAUUAGAAAUUACUUUACAGGAUAUUAAUUAUCUUAUUCAAGUCAAUUUUAGAAUGAUAAAUAUUUAACAAUUAAAAGCUAACCAGUCAUAAAUUUAGAGAAAUGGAGGAUUUUUUAAUUGGAAUCUAAUAUUUAUCAUUUGUAUAAUUAAGCAUAAAAAUGCUAUGUUUAGAAUUUAUCUAUGGAUAAAUAAUAAGAAUCCAAUUAUAUAUUUUUAAGUCAUAAUUAGCCAAAAAAUAAUUGGAGAAUUAUAUGUAAAAUACAUAGUUUAUGAUAUUUUAGGUCCAUAUAAUUAAUAGCUAUCAUUUGGAACCCCAUUUUUGAUUCAAGACACUUCUAAUGGAUAUUAUAUGAAUAUAGAUAUGUUUAAUCCAAAAAACGAUGAAAGCAACGAGUUUGUAGUUGUGUUAAAAAAGAAUAUUGAAACUACAUCUUUAUGGGUAGUGUAUUAUAUGAAAUGA